AUGGAGGGCAAGCUGGAGAGCCAAGGCAAGCUGCAGCCCAAUUCAAGAACACAGAGGGGUUGGGGGAGGUGCAUCAUUGCAGGCCAUGACGAGCUCAACCAGUAUAGUGCCAAGUCUGGAGAGGUGUUGAUGAAUGUUAAGGAACACUCCUGGCAGGCCCAUGAUAUCCAGUUGUCUAGAGACAUGUUUAUUACUGCAUCCAAUGACAACACAGCUAAACUCUUUGACUCAAUGAAUCCUGAACAUCUGAAGACUUUCUGAACAGAACUCGUCAACUCAACUGCCCUCCCUUCCAACUAUGAUGACCAUGUGGUGCUGGGAAGUUGUCGGGAAGCCACAGAUGUAACCACAACCUCCACCAAGAUUGACAAGUUUGAGGCCCUAUUCUCCCACUUGACUUUUGAAGAAGAGUUUGGAAGAGUCAAGAGCUACUUCAGACCUAUCAACGGUGUGGCCUUCCAUCCUGAUGGCAAGAGUUCCAGCAGCGGUGGGGAAGAUGGUUACAUCCCCAUCUACUACUGUGACCCACAGUACUUGGAGUUUGAGGCAUAA